AUGACUUAUGGAACUAUCGACCCGCAUGGCAGACUAUGGUUUGGCACGAUGAACAGUCAAGGACCACCGCGUGGAAGUGUGUGGUGUUACAAUCAAAAAUUUCCACCGCAUCUUAUGCAGCAGUUGAACCAGCCGAGACUUAGACCACAUAGCCAUGAGGGAAAUGAUUAUAGCAAUGGAAUCGUGUGGUACAUUAAGAAAGGACAACCUACCAGAGUCUAUUACAAUGAUGCUCUGACAAAUAAAAUUCAAUUGUACUUUUAUGACCUAAUUAACGGAUUCCUUGAAAAUUUUGUUGAAACUAUUUUUGACUUGAAUGAGUUCCAUCAAUAUGGUAUCAACGGCUCGCAUUGUCAUAUAGGUCGUAUGACAACUGAUGUCAAAGGUUGGCUCUGGGUGCCUCUUAUUGGAGGUUCAGGAGUCCUUGAAAUUGAUCCAUAUGAAAAACAAGUGCAUCGAUUUAUUCCCAUACCUGCACACGCAGUCACUGCAUGUGCUUUCGGAGGUGUUGACGGCAGUACUUUAUAUGUAACAACAUUAGGAUCUGGUCCUCGUCAAAGAGGUCCAAAUGCCGAUCAGGGUGGUGAGAUUUUCGCCGUCUCUAGACUUGGCUUAGGCGUUUUUGGAACUGAAGCCAGAGGAUUCUUAUCGACUCAAAAUGCAUCUCAGUGA